AUGGUACGAGACUCAGUGACACUACAUACAUCACUGCCCUUAAUUACUGCUGGUUUUGCUACUGAUCAAGUUCAUUUGCUUAUUGGUACAGGGUCUACAGACUCGAUUAGCGUUUGUAAGAAUAGAAUCCACUCUAUUUUGAAUGCUGGUGGUAAUCCCAUAGUAGUGAACCCCUCGUCACCAAGCCAUACUAAACAACUACAAUCGGAAUUUGGCAAGUUUGACAAAUUCGAAAUGAUAGAAAGGGGGUUUAGGUUAUCCGAUUUAACUACUUUGGGGAGAGUCUUGGUGUGCAAAGUAGUGGAUAGAGUAUUUGUAGAUCUACCUAUAACACAAAGUCGCCUAUGCGACGAGAUCUUUUGGCAAUGCCAAAAACUAAGAAUUCCCAUAAACACGUUCCACAAACCAGAGUUUUCUACCUUCAAUAUGAUACCUACGUGGGUCGACCCAAAGGGAAGUGGUUUACAAAUCUCAGUUACUACGAAUGGGAACGGCUACAUCUUGGCCAACAGGAUAAAAAGAGACAUAAUAUCUCAUUUACCUUCCAAUAUAUCUGAGGUAGUAAUAAAUAUGGGGUAUUUAAAGGACCGUAUUAUAAACGAAGAUCAUAAGGCCUUGUUACAGGAAAAAUACUACCAAACUGAUAUGUCAUUACCUGGAUUUGGCUACGGCUUAGACGAGGACGGUUGGGAGAGUCAUAAGUUUAACAAGCUAAUUCGUGAAUUCGAAAUGACUAGUAGGGAACAGAGACUUAAAAGAACUAGAUGGUUAUCUCAGAUAAUGGAGUAUUACCCAAUGAACAAGUUGAGUGACAUCAAGUUAGAGGAUUUCGAUACAUCAUCUUCUUCAAGUAAGAAGGCAAAGCAGGAAACUGUUUCAGAGGGUGCAGUACCUCCUACAGACGAAAAUAUUGAAAAGAGCACGCAACAACUGCAAUUAUCGGAAACCGAAAAAGAAGGCUCUAAAAAGCUAGGGAAAAUUUCUCUGGUCGGAAGUGGUCCAGGCUCGGUGUCCAUGCUGACAAUAGGUGCAUUACAAGAGAUAAAGUCUGCGGAUAUAAUUUUAGCAGACAAACUGGUUCCACAAACUAUCUUGGAUUUGAUACCUUCAAAAACUGAAACCUUCAUAGCCAAAAAAUUUCCCGGUAAUGCAGAACGGGCACAACAGGAACUACUAGCUAAGGGUCUAGAAUCGUUGACUAAUGGAUUGAAAGUAGUCCGUUUGAAGCAAGGUGAUCCAUAUAUCUUUGGUCGUGGUGGUGAAGAGUUUAAUUUCUUUAAAGAUCACGGGUAUACUCCAGUAGUUUUACCGGGUAUAAGUUCCUCCUUAGCCUGUACUGUAUUGGCACAGAUACCCGCUACGCAACGUGAUAUUGCGGAUCAAGUGCUCAUAUGUACUGGGACUGGGAGAAAAGGUGCUCUGCCCAUGAUUCCUGAAUUUAUUGAAAGCAGAACUACUGUUUUUCUAAUGGCACUGCAUCGCGCCAAUGUCCUGAUCACAGAAUUAUUGAAACACGGCUGGGAUGGUGAUGUCCCUGCUGCAAUCGUCGAGAGAGGUUCGUGCCCUGAUCAGCGUGUCACUAGGACUCUUCUUAAGUGGGUACCAGAAGUGGUAGAGGAGAUUGGUUCAAGGCCCCCAGGUGUCUUGGUUGUAGGUAGGGCUGUGAAUGCGUUGGCUGAAAAAGAUCUAUUGAAUUUUGAUAAAUCAAGAAAAUUUGUCAUUGAUGAAGGUUUUAGAGAAUUUGAGGUUGAUACGGAUAGCCUAUUUAAGUAA